CAGGAUUUCUGAUAGCCAAAUCAUGUCCAGCGACGAUGACAGUACUCCUACUAUCUUCUACCUUUCUUUGAAUUACAAUGGCGGUCCAACCAUCAUCUUUUUGCACGGCCUCUGCUCUAGCCACACCGAGUACAGGAACGUUUUCCAAGAUUGCAGUCUUUACGACCAUCACAUCCUCGCCGUUGACCUCCCAGGCCACUCGCGAUCCUCUCACAUCCUUCCAUUCAGUCUCUCGUUUGCUGCCGACCAAGUCGCUCGAGUGAUCCAACAGCAAGCUCACGAUCGCCGUGCUCAUGUGGUCGGCUCGUCCCUCGGCGGGUUUGUUGGGCAGGAGCUGGCGAAGCGACAUCCCGAGGUCGUCGAGAGCCUGCUGGUGACUGGUGCGGCCCCGUUCGCUGGGUAUAGGAGAUGGUUCGCAGAGCACCCGAACGUCUUGUACUGCCUCCAAGCCCCGGUUUCCAAAUACAGCCCCAGCUGGGUCGACACGGCAAUCUGUCGGUGGAUCGGCGUGCAGAAGCCUGAAGGUCUGCGGGAGCAGGAGAAGAGCAACUUUAGCAGGCAGCUUUUGGUGGACGGGUUCAGAAGCAUCGCCCAAUUCACCGAGAAGGACCUGGGCUCAGUGCACGUCAGAACUCUGACUAUUGCGGGUCAAGCCCAGGACGACGUGGAGGCGACUCGCAGGAUGGGCGAGCUACUGAGAAGAGAAUGCGGCGAGAGCAAGGCCGCCAUAGUCCGAGCAGGCGCUCACACUUGGCAUCUGCAGUUCCCUCAACUGUUUGCAAAGACCGUCAAGGCCUGGAUUGAUGGGUGUCGUCUUCCAGAGGGUGGCAUGGUGCUAGAACUGCGGUGUCAGUAG